AUGUUUAAUUAUGAUUCACACUCGAAAAUUUGUUUCACUCCGAAUACUCCUAGGGCGGUAGAAUCAGAAUCCAUUUUAGCGGCAGGUUGGAUUGGUAGUCUUUGCUUUUCUCUAACAUAUGUCCGCCUUUCGAAGAAUAGGCAAAAGGCUUGUUUUGGUUGGAGCAAUAUCUGGCGUCGAGUUAAUGAAGCCAGAAGGACGAAGGCUUUACUGUCGAGACCUAAACCUUCAGAACAGGAGUUCAAACGUUUUGAGCGACCCUUGCCGACUAGAGAUGAACAUCUCAAACGAAUGGCAUCAGGUGAACUUUUCGAUGUCUUAGUAAUUGGUGGUGGGGCAAGUGGUGCUGGUGUUGCGUUAGAUGCUGCAUCUAGAGGUUUAUCAACAUGCCUUAUUGAAAGAUUGGAUUUUGCUUCGGGUACCUCCUCUCGUUCAACCAAACUUAUUCAUGGUGGUGUUCGAUACCUACAAAAGGCUAUAUUUAAUUUGGAUAUUGAACAGUUUCGUAUGGUUAAUGAGGCACUUAGUGAACGGUCUAAUCUAAUCGAUAUUGCUCCACAUCUAGCCUAUCCAUUGCCAAUCAUGUUGCCCAUAUAUAAAUGGUGGCAAGUUCCGUAUUAUUGGGCUGGUAUUAAAAUGUACGACUUAAUAUCUGGUGCUCAAAUACUAAAAGCCAGUUAUUAUCUUAAUAAAUCACAGGCAUUAGAACGAUUUCCUUUAUUGAAACGUGAUAAACUAGUCGGUGGGUUAGUAUAUUAUGAUGGCCAACAAGAGGAUGCUCGUAUGUGCUUAAGUAUUGCAUUAACUGCGGCCCGUUAUAAUGCUGCGAUUGCUAAUUAUGUUGAAGCUGUUGAAAUAAUUAAACAACCAUCUCGAACUAAAUCAAUUUCAUUGAAAUCAACAUUGGAAACAACAUCUGAACCAGUACCUACAGUAUCAGGUGCACGAGUUCGAGAUAGAUUAACUGGUAAAGAAUUCACAAUCAAUGCUCGUUGUGUGAUUAAUGCAACUGGACCAUUUACAGAUAGUAUACGACAAAUGGAUGAUAAAGAACAACCUACUAUUUGUCAACCUAGUUUAGGUGUUCACAUUAUUCUUCCUGGUUAUUAUAGCCCUACUAAAAUGGGUUUACUAGAUCCAGAUACGCGUGAUGGUCGUGUGAUCUUCUUUUUACCAUGGAUGAAUUAUGCGUUAGCUGGCACUACAGAUACUGAAUGCAAUGUUACUGAUCAACCAUCGCCUUCUGAAGCUGAAGUGAACUUUAUCUUGGAAGAAAUUAGUAGUUAUCUUUCUCCGGAAAUCCAAGUUCGUCGUGGUGAUGUACUGUCAUCUUGGGCAGGUAUUCGACCACUUGUUCGUGACCCAAAUUCUUCUGAUACACAGUCGAUUGCACGUAAUCAUAUUAUUGAUGUUUCGCCAUCUAAAUUGAUAACAAUUGCUGGUGGUAAAUGGACAACUUACAGAAGUAUGGCAGAAGAGACUGUGGAUAAAGCGAUAAAGGUAUGUGAUCUUAAACCAACUGGUCCAUGUCGUACCAAAGGUCUUCUUUUAGAGGGUGCUCAUGGUUGGUCACCAAAUCUAUUUAUACAAAUUGUUCAAGAAUAUGGUAUGGAUGUUGAUGUGGCACGUCAUUUAACUGGGAUUUAUGGUGAUAAAGCUAUCACUAUAGCUAAUAUAUCCAAACUAACUGGUUUAAGAUGGCCAAUAUUAGGUAAAAAAUUACAUCCUGAAUUUCCUUUUAUUGAAGCUGAAGUGGAAUAUGCAUGCCGAGAAUAUGCUUGUCAUGCUGUCGACUUUCUUGCUCGUCGUACUCGUUUAGCAUUUUUGAAUGUACGAGCUGCGGAAGAAGCUUUACCAAGAAUUGUUGAUUUAAUGGGUGAGCAUUUAAAAUGGAACAGUGAGAGAAAAAAGCAAGAAAUGCGUGAGGCAGAGAACUUUUUAAAAUCUGAAAUGGGUCUUGGUCUGCGUGUUAUGGAAGGUGUUCGUAUGGAUUUGACUAUUGAUGAAAUUAGUAAUCUUUUACAAAGUUUCCGUAAACUUGAUCAUGACACUAAAGGAUAUGUUUCAUUGGAUGAUUUACGCAAAUUUUGUACUGAAUCUGGCGAAUAUGUUAGUGAAGAAGUGUUACAAUCUACUUUGAAUACAAUGGAUAUUAAUAAGAAUGGACAAGUUGACAUGUCAGAAUUCUUACAAUUUAUGAGUGCAGUAAAAUCUGGCGUUGUUGUCAAUUCACCUUUAAAGAAAGUAUUAAGUCGUACUCGAAUUCCUGUUUAUAGAAGUGGUGGUGGUGUUUGAAAGAAAACUGUUGUUCUGUUUAGAAACUUUCGCAAUGAUAAUAGCAAUAAUAAGGAUAAGUGUCCCUUAUCUUUACUUUUUUUCAAAAGUUAACUUCUUUCGGUCUGUGUUUUGUUCACUCCUAGUGUUAUGUGUCUAAAUGUGGUUGCCGAUUGUGCUUUUUUGAAGAUGUUGUUGAAUCGACUACAAGAAUGGUGCUAUUAUCAUUAAUGUUAUUCGCCAC